GCAUCUAAGCAAUACGCAGACUCUCUCGCACUCAACAAGCGAAAGCCAAGAAACUGCGGAGCCGUGCACUAUAAAUGCGAGUGCGAAGCAGUUUCUCUGCAGAAUAGGAGAAAAACACACUAGAGAGACACCCCGUCUGCAAACUCUCUCUUCGCUUACCUCUUCAAAGUCUAAAAUUCUCAUUGAUUUUAAUUUGCUCGAGCAGGCAUAAUGAUUAAAUUGUUCAAGGUAAAGGAAAAGCAGAGGGAAACUCAGAGUGCAGAUGGGAAGCCUCCAGUCAAGAAGCAAAGUUCUGGGGAAUUACGUCUUCAGAAAGAUAAUUCUUGGUUUGAUAUACUCGGUUAUAACAGCAUCAUGAAUGACACAAAAUUAGGCAUAAUUCACACACUUUGACAAGAGUUUGAGGGAGCUGAAAAUGCAAGAACAGGACCAAAGUGCACGAUACAAUCUACUAGAUCAAGGCUGGAACUCUGAAGGAAUGUGCUUAUUUCCUCAGCCCAUUCUUCUGUCCACUAUUUUAUGGGCACUUGGUUCCAUCUUUGGCUAGAAAGAUCAAGGCUGGAACUACUGAAGGAAUGUGCUUAUUUCCUCAGCCCAUUCUUCUGUCCACUAUUUUAUGGGCACUUGGUUCCAUCUUUUGCUAGAAAGUACAGGACGGCUGCAGGAAAGUUUUCUAUAUGAGAGAUUAUACAUGAAUAUUUCUAUUUCCUCUUAAUUCAUAUCUGUAUGUUUACCCUUUGGCUUGCAGAUAUAACUGAGCUGAACCUACCGAAAUCAUGUUACAUAUCCUUCCCCGAUGGAAAGGACAGCCUGAUGAACUUCGAGGUCACCAUUAAGCCUGGCGAAGGAUAUUACAAGGUGGCAAAUUUGUGUUCUCAUUUCAAGUUUCACCUCUCUAUCCUCAUGAGUCGCCUUAAGGUCUACCAUCCUAAUAUUGAUCUGGAAGGCAAUGUGUGCCUAAAUAUUCUUCGAGAAGACUGGACGCCUAUCCCAAAUAUAAACAUCAUCAUCUAUGGAUUGUUUAACCUAUUCACGCAACCAAAUCAUGAGGAUCCUCUGAAUUCUGAUGCAGCUAAUGUGUUGAGAGAUGAUCCGGAUGAGUUUAAAUCGAACGUGAAGAGGGCAAUGAGUGGUGGUUCUGUAGGAGAUGUUCACUUCUCUUCCUGCCUAACUUAGCAUCCUAAGGCAUAAUUAAGUAGCAGUAUAGUCAUCUCUUGGUGGUUGAUCAAAAUUUAAUGCAUUCAAAUUCUCUAGCAA